CACAGUUGUUGGAGCUGGUAUAAAAAGGAAGCCAAUCAGGAGAAGAGCACAUCCACGAUGAAGCUAGUCCUUGUCCUCUUUGCCGCCAUCUUGGUUCAGGAGAACCUCGCUGAGAAUUCUUCGGAGGAAGUGUGUCCUCCAAAGGAAUAUAUUGUGAUCAGAGAGGUAACAGUUUGCGAGAUCGAUAGGAAGAAGUUGGAAUGCCCAGCCGGAAGUACCAUCAAGAUCCACGAAGCCUUCUACGGCCGCAGGAACACUUACACCUGUCGUCACCAGGUCAUGAAGAAGAAUGUAGACGUGGUCUGCUCCUCGCCCAAGGCAAUCGAAGUCGUCCAGAAGAGAUGUUCCGGUAGGAACUCGUGUGACCUCACCGCUCACAACUCCUGGUUCACCGAUCCUUGCUAUUCAACCUACAAGUACCUUCAGGUUGCCUUCUCCUGUACUAAAUAGAUUAUGGAUAGAUAAUGUAUCACAGCAUACUCAGUACAUUUUAUAAAAUAAGAACUUAAUGUACUAUAUUAUCAAUAAAUCAAAAUC